GCUGCCUGGCGGCUGUCAUCGAGACCAUUUAUUUUUAUUGUAAUCCUGCCCCGAAUAAGAUGCUUUUGCGUCUCGAAGCUUACAACUGACGUACUAGCAAAAAUCAAAGCUCACCAAUGACGGCACGUACAAAUGAUCGCGCAAUCCUUUCUCCAUCACCUGCAACAGAUCAUCGAUAGCAAUUGCAACUGAAACAAACACAAUGAGCAGCAACUUUGUGUCCCCCGCUCAGCACAAUUACCGGACCGACAACCCGGUAAACCACCAAAGAUCCCGCUACGACGACGACGACUACGAGUCAAGAUACGAGUCCCUGAAAGACGCAAUCUUGCACAAGGACAGGGGCUCCAUCAUGUGGCUGAUGAACGAGGGUUGCCCAAUCAACAUACCCGAGCUGGACAAAGGGUCCGAGAGCCCGUUGCACGUGGCCGUGUUCGCCAACGAUCUCCAAACCGCGAGAGUUCUAUUAUCGGCCGGUGCCGAGGUCAACAGUUUCAACGCCCUGAAACAGACGCCCCUGCACAUGGCCUUCGAAAUGCGGAACAGGAAGAUGAUCGACCUGCUGCUGCAGUGGUGCGACGGCUCCGUCAACCCCUUCACCGUGUACGGUCUGUCCCACUUCCACAUAUCCUGCGUGAGGAACAACUGGCAAGUGGCCCACGCCUUCCUCCAGCGGGGUGUCAACGCCAACGUCUACCUGGAGAAGUGCUUCUACGGCAGGGACUACGUGUUCUACCGGCCGUUGCACCUGGCCGUCAAGUACGAGAACUUCGAGGUGGCCGAGUUGCUGCUUAGAUACGGUGCCAACGUCAACGCCAGGGACAGGUACAAGCGAACGCCGCUCCACUUGGCGUGCCGGUACAAUUACAAGCGAAUCUGUGAAGCCAUCGGCAACGAGGAUCUCCAGAGCGUGGACGACCUGGUGCAUUUCGUCAAGGGUAAAAACGACCAGCUGGACAUUGUCAGGCUGUUGCUGAGGUACGGCGGGGAGGUGGACGCGUUGGACGCCAACAACACCCCACCGUUGUUCCACACCUUCAAGUCUGACUUUGACGGGAUUAGGAGCGCGAUCGGGGACAAAAUGGACGUCCAGGAUUCAACGUGGAAGGAUCUGUUGAAGGAGUUCAAGAUCGCGCAGAAGGAGAAGUUCUACGUUCUGGUGGAGAACGGCGCCGACGUCAAAUUCGCCAACGAGUCCAAAGAGACGUUGAUACAUCUAGUGAUAGAUGGCAAGAGAUUGUUCACCAAUUACAUCGGUUCGAUGCACGCGAAAGACAAGGACCUUGGAGACGAGGACAAAGCUGAAAUUGUGGACUCGCUGCUCCAGUACGGCGCGGAUUCAGACGCGAAGAACGCUAAUGGACAGACACCACUCCAGCUGGCCAUAUCUUCGUAUUACGUUCACACCGUUAGAACGCUCCUCGACUAUUACGCUUCCAUGGACAGCGUGAGUUUUUUUCACUACAAAGUGCCAAGGAAAGACGUCAUGGUCAAUUGCAGCUUUGAGUUCUCCGACAUGGAGAACUUCCUCGACAUAAUCGCGCUGAUGCUCGAGCGCAAGGAGGAACUGGACAUCAAUUGCAGUAAUGAGCUACUGAUGCUGCGAUACUUGGCCAGAGAUUCGAAGGUCCGGCAUUUGGAGAACUGUAGUGUCGCAGAUCUGCGUCGACUUCUAGACUUUAGCGACAUCAACCGGAUAAACCUGGCGUUUUUGACGUCCGAGAAUUCGAUGCUUUUUAACAGAGAAAAGUUGAACAUCGUCUUCGAACAUGUGGUUAAGCUCGAGAUUGCGGGCUUCCCGAUUGAGAACCACGUGAGACGGCAGUUUCUGAGGUCCGAUGUCCUUAAUUCCAUGUCACGUCACUGCCGAGCUCAUGUAGAGCGUUGUAAAGAUGAAAUCAAACGGUUACAGAGCACGUGGGUCGAUAGGUACGCGUCUUUUUACGAUUUGAUGUUCCUUGGUGUCAACGAAAUCGCAGUGAGGGUGAAAAACGAGGACUUUAGACGGGCUAUUAGGUCAAUUCCUCGGCUAAAGUUUCAUUUGUACGGAAAUAUAAUCGUUAGGCAAUUUUUGAAGGGUCUGCUGAGAUCGAUCGUUUUUGACUCGUCGAAGGAGUAUUUAUUGUACAUCAUUGAACAAGAUUUGCCGGAUCCGUGUUUGGAAGCCAUUCUUGGGCAUUUGAAGAAUGAGGAUUUGUGCAAUCUGUCUUUGGCUUUUGUAAAGUGA